CGCUGAGUUUGGUAGUAGUAGAAGAUUUUCAUCACUCUGGGAUCAUCAUCAUCUUGACAAGUACACAGAACUGCGGUGAAAAAAAAAUAGUUGUCAGUAAAAGUCUUAAAACUUACGUUGAUCGCCACUGAAAAAUGAGAAUACUCACGGUGGCAGUGAUUGGGAUACUGUGUUGUGAAUAUGCUGGAGGAUAUGGGGGAGUCAAGGAGAGCCAUCCCUGCACUGUACAUCACCCCAGGGGGAGGGAAAUCGUUGGGGAGGAUGAGUGCUUCCUGACGGAUGGGGAUCAGCAUCUCUGGUGUUUCGGGGAUUCUUAUCGACUGUGGAGUCAUAACGGAUCAAUAGACCUGAGAACCGUGACAAUCUGCAACUGGCUCCACCCGUCCAUCGAUCUCCAGGACAUCGUCUCGAAAUUCCCCAAGAUCAGAAAACUCAUAAUUGCCAACAGCAAUCUGACAACUCUGUCCAAGUCUUUCUCCAGCGAUGCGAAACACCUCGAGAAAAUCCACAUAACGGGGACCCGGCUCCAAGGACUGCCCAGGGAUACCUUCAAACAUUUAUCUGGUCUCAAAAUUUUGGACAUUAGGAGCAAUGCACUGACGGAGAUUGAUCCAGCUGCACUAGUUGCACCGAGACUCCAGCAUAUACUCCUGGCAGGUAAUCCCUGGAAAUGUGAGGAUAAAACAAUGACCUGGAUUCUGAAUAUGACGCAUGGAUCUGUUGCCCGGAAAAUUGGGGAUAGAGAUAAAUUACACUGUGCUCAUCCGUACGAGGGACGACCUUUGGUGCCAGUGGUGGAAAUUAUUGCGACACUGAGGGAAGAGUGCAGCAGGACAGUUUGUGAAUGUGAAUUAGUUUACGUUGUGGGACGGCUUGGUAAACAAACGCAGAGAAACUUAAUAGCAUUUGUAUCAACAAAUUGCAGUCACAGGGGACUGAGAGAAAUGCCAGAGUUUAUUCCAGCAAAUACGACAACGUUAUGGGUAGAUGGAAAUCAGAUCACGGACUUGAGUCCUUUACUCACAAAUCCAGUCUACGGACAAGUCCUUGACUUAUAUCUGGAUAACAAUGGAAUCGCAUCGAUCAAUCAACUGGAAGGCUCCGUCUGGUUUGACAACUUCCGAGUCUUGAGUUUGAGAGGAAAUAAAUUGACCGACUUGCCAACGUAUGCGUUCGAGAAUGUUCUACUAAAGAGUGGAAAUGCCGUUAGUUUGUAUUUGGGAGAUAAUCCAUGGACCUGUGACUGCCUCUUCACACCUGGAUUCCAGGAUUUAUUGAGACGCUACACAAAACUGGUGAAAGACAUCAACGAAAUUCGCUGUCACUCAGCGAAAAAUUUUGAAAAUCUUGACAAACCAAUACGUGACCUAACGCGAACCGAAAUUUGCAUCAGCGAGAGUGAAACGACUUGGCUCUAUCCACUGGACGUGUUGAACGUAUUUCUUGCAUCAAUGAUUAUUUUCAUUCUGGGAAAACUUGUGUACGAUUAUUGGUCCUUCAAGCGAACGGGAAAAUUGCCCUGGCUAGUUGCCAAAAUUCCUUGAGCACUUGAUGUUAAUGGUGUUAAUGAAACUCGUAUAAAUUACCGACUAUUCAGCUCGUACUCACCCAGUUGUAAGUUAAAAUGUCGUCCUGGUGGCACUCUUCUGCGAGAAUCAAGCGAAAUAAAAAGUUGGGAAAUUAA